CAGCGUAUGCGUGUGAGAGAACAAUAAGAACUUGUUCGAAGCUAGAGAGAGCCGAGCUAUUCGAACAGGCGCUCUUUCGAACUCACACACACAGUAAGCUCGUAUGGGUGAGACACAAUUUGUGGCAACGAAUUUCUGGUUUGGCGGUUGAUUCGAAACGUUCUUCGCGUCCGCAAAGGUAGUUUCGGUAAUUGCUCGAGUGCGAGCGAGAUGGCAGAGCGGCGCAAUGGCCGACGUCUCGCUCGCACACUUUUCGAAUAAUGAACGCUGCACUUGGUCGGCGGUAUAUAGCUAUAUGGCCACAUAGCCCUACUUGCUCGUACUCGCAGAUACAAUUGGACGGGGGAAAUGGGGCAGUGUGAGUGAGCCAGAGCGCUGGCGUGUCUGUGUGUUUUUUAUUGAUGCUCAGAUAUUUGAAUUAUGCCCGAGCAGUCAAAGUGAGACAUUGGCGCUUCGAGCACGUAUCCGCGGAUACACCGGAAUAAAAACAAAAUUAAAAAAGAAAAACUCAAAUUCAGAAUCAGAUUCAAACUUAAAUUCUAACAAUCCAACACACUGCAGUGCCGCGCAAUAAGAUACAAAGAUACAAAGACAAAGAUAAAAAUUCUGUUCGAUCUUUUUGCGCGAGAGAUGGAUGGGCUGCAAAGUGCUUGCAUCGAUGCUGGCGUUGAUGGACAGUCAUAAAUUCGGCGUGAAAUUUGCGCAGAUACUUAGAUACUUGGCCAUCCCGCAGAUACUUAUCGCGUUCUGUGACAAAUUGCGCGAGUGCGUUUGUGUUCUUGUGUUACCCAAAAGCCAAAAACCGUCCAAACCCGUCGCUUAGCCCUUUGCGGCCAAUUAACCAUUAGGACCAUCCAAAACACUCUCACCUGCAGGUAGAACUCAAAAGUCUAGCCAAUUUGCCAGCAGGAUGCCAACGGAUUAACUCCACAGAUAGCCCAGAUAUCCGGCUGGUUGUGACAGUUUUACCCUUGUGAUUGUCCACUGCAAUUUCCGUAAUUUCGGCGCAAGUGAAAUUCAGUGAAUCAGUGCAGUGAAAAUCCGAAAAGAAAACUCACUUCAGCGGAGGUGAACGCCGUCGGCUAACUGAAAUUUCACCAAUCCUCGACUAGGACCCCUGGCUUCAGAAUGGAUCCCGACUGCUUUGCGAUGUCCUCGUACCAGUUCGUCAACUCGCUGGCCUCCUGUUACCCACAGCAGAUGAAUCCGCAGCAGAAUCACCCGGGAGCGGGCAACUCGAGUGCUGGCGGCAGUGGUGGCGGGGCGGGCGGUAACGGAGGCGUGGUGCCCAGUGGCGGGUCAAACGGGGGUCAGGGCAGUGCGGGGUCGGCCACUCCGGGUGCCAAUGAUUAUUUCCCAGCAGCGGCGGCCUAUACGCCCAAUCUGUACCCCAACACACCGCAGGCCCACUAUGCCAAUCAGGCUGCCUACGGCGGACAGGGAAACCCGGAUAUGGUGGACUACACACAGCUGCAGCCGCAGCGACUGCUCCUGCAGCAGCAGCAGCAGCAACAGCAACAGCAGCAACAUGCCCAUGCAGCAGCAGCAGUUGCUGCCCAGCAGCAGCAGCAACUCGCCCAGCAGCAACACCCGCAACAGCAGCAACAGCAGCAGCAGCAGGCCAACAUCAGUUGCAAGUACGCCAAUGACCCUGUGACGCCGGGCGGAAGUGGGGGUGGGGGUGUUCCUGGCAGCAGCAACAACAACAACAGCUCCAACAGCAACAACAACAACAGCCAGUCACUGGCCAGUCCGCAGGAUCUGUCCACCAGGGAUAUAUCCCCGAAGCUAUCCCCCAGCUCGGUGGUCGAGAGUGUGGCCCGUUCGCUGAACAAGGGCGUCUUGGGCGGUAGUCUGGCGGCUGCCGCAGCUGCUGCCAGUUUGAACAACAACCACAGUGGAUCCGGAGUGCCCGGCGGUCCCGGCAACGUCAAUGUCCCCAUGCACAGCCCGGGUGGCGGGGACUCGGACUCCGAGAGCGACAGCGGCAACGAGGCGGGCAGCAGCCAGAACAGCGGCAACGGAAAGAAGAAUCCGCCGCAGAUCUAUCCCUGGAUGAAGCGAGUGCAUCUCGGAACGAGUACUGUGAAUGCCAAUGGCGAGACGAAACGACAACGGACCUCAUACACCCGCUACCAGACGCUGGAGCUGGAGAAGGAGUUCCACUUCAACCGCUACCUGACCCGCCGCCGCAGGAUCGAGAUCGCCCACGCCUUGUGCCUCACGGAGCGGCAGAUUAAGAUCUGGUUCCAGAACCGGCGCAUGAAGUGGAAGAAGGAGCACAAGAUGGCCUCGAUGAACAUCGUGCCCUACCACAUGGGUCCCUAUGGCCAUCCCUACCACCAGUUCGAUAUCCAUCCGUCACAGUUCGCGCACCUGAGCGCAUAGGACGCGUGGCACUUUUCGGGUACUGGUUAGAGACUCAAUCAGUUGUAUCAGGAACCAUAUCAGACGGCGGCGGCGGCCUCGGCGGCCAGUGGCUAUCAGUCGCAGGACGGUGGCUCAGUGGGUGGUGGUGGCUCCGUGGGGGUGGGUGGUGGUGCAGGAGGGCCGGGUUCGCUGUCCAAUGGCGGCAGCAACGGCAACGGUCCCAACUCCCUCUUCGCCUCCACCGCCUCCAGUUCCCAGGCGCCCGACUGCAUCAAGUAUCCGCAGGAGUUCUGAUCUCAGGUUAUCAUCAGGCAGCAACAGCAGCACCACCAGCAGGAUGAUCCCGUCGAUCGGAAUCAGGAUCGGGGCCUGGAGCAGCUCUUAGAGUCGGACUGUGAGCCCGACCCGGAGUUGCAGCUGGAGUUCAAGGCGGACAUUGUCGGCUGCAAUUUGUUCUGCUGCUGAGUUCUGUCCGCCUGCCAAAGCCUGCCAUGCCCCCAGAUGCCUGCCGCAUACCGCCCAUCGCCUACCGCCUGUCGCCGCCCGUCGAUCAACCAACAUCCAGUGAUGUUUCUUGUUUGCAACUGAUUCGUGUUAAGCUAAGAAACGAGCCGCACAUCCGCGUGGCUCGUUUGGGUUUAUGAUACUGGAGGUGGCACCCCGGGCAAUCGCAGUCCCUCAUCUAUGGCGACGUUUUCAAAUGUUGCAUGAUGCCAUCCUUGAGUUACUCUCUAAAUGUAUUCAACAUAUCAAGAUCAUAUUUUUCACAUCAAUGUGAAACGAUUUCACAUUAAUAUCUGAUGUUGAUUUGCCGUUGGAUCAUAAGGAUAUGAUGGACCACCUUCUAUCCGUGCGAGUGCCCGUGGGUCCUUCCAGUAUGAUGAAUCUCUUUCUCUAAGCAGUAUUCGAAAAGCUGUUAGUUCGUAAGCCUAGCAUAAUUCUAGCCCGUAAGCUGCACAGAUGAACAGACAGAGCUGUCGAGUUGAACAAAACUAAUAUCUGCAAUAAUUUCAAAGUGAUUUCUAAUUAACAUUAGUUCUUCGUUUGUAUCGUACCCCAACCUCGAUCCCCCCACGUCCACAACACCCCACCCAGCACCCUCCAGGGAGUCCUAAAGAGUGUACUUAAUUCCUAGCUAGUAGAGAACCUAACUCUAGUUAACCACAUAAGGCUUUGUUUAGUUUGUAAAUAGCAGAGCGGCCCAGCUCGGGAAUCGC